AAAUCACCUCUCUGCUCCACGUGACCCCCUUGUCCCAUUAACCUACUUUUUCAUUACCAGACUUAAAAAGUUUGAAAGCUGCUUCACCUUUGCAACUUGUUAGCUGUUUACCAACAAUGGCUUCUUCUUCGGUUCUCAGCAAGCUUCUUUUGCCCCUUUUCCUCACUCAUAUUGCCGUCUCGAUCUCGAAAACCGAAGCUCAAGUUGAAGACACAAUGUCGAAGCUGGUGAGAGAUGCUUUCGAAUGGCCACUUUCAAUGUCGUUUCAGGGUGACUUACACGACAAUGAAGAAGGCGAUGAGGAGGUAGAUGAUGAAGUUGAAAAUGGGUAUAGUGGUAGAUCUUUGUUGUGGUGGAAGAGAAUGAGGUAUUACAUUUCGUAUGGGGCGCUUUCGGCUAACAGAAUCCCAUGUCCACCAAGGUCAGGCAGGUCUUAUUAUACUCACAACUGUUUCAAGGCUCAUGGCCCUGUUCAUCCUUAUACCAGGGGAUGUUCCAGGAUCACUCGCUGCAGGAGAUGAGAUUUUUCGAAAUGUGGAAGAUUUGAGUGUUUUGGGAUCUGGGGCUUCUUUUUGCCCUUCUUUUAGUGUUUGAAGAGCAUCAUGUGUCAUAAGGUUAAACUACUUUAUGGUUAUGGUAGUUAUUAUAUAUAGUUUUGGUCUGGAAGGGCGGGGGUGUUCAUUGGCAGUCGCUAUUUUAUAUCAUAUAUGUGAUCUCAUCAACUUACAUGUAAAUGCUUGUAAGACCUGAAUCCUGCUGUUGCGUGCUGCAACAGACGCCGCAGCUUGAAAAGGUAAUCUAGUCACCAAGAUUUUCUGCCUUAAUUAUUAAAUAAUUUGAAAAUUUUUAUUAUUUAAAA